CAAAAAAAAUCAAAUCAAAAUUAGUCUUUACCUAUUCCUUUUUGGAUCUACAAAUUUAGUGUUAAUAUAGUUAUGCAAGAUUCAAUAAUUUAGGCUAUAGUUCUUUUCUUUUAUGUUUUUUUGAUAAAUAAAUUUAGGCUAUAGUUUAGUCUCAAGAAUUAUUAAAAAAGUACACGUAUUUAUCUAUUUACACAAGCUGAAGCAACUGCUAUAUCUUUGAUCAGAUUAUAUAAAAGUAGUUUCCUUUUUUCCUUAUCUGAGAGACCAAUUUCCAUUUUUUUUUUUUAGGUUUUGUUUUCCUUUUACGAGACGUAUCACUCUAGUCUCUAUAUAAACUAAAGAUCGCAGCCGCUUAAAUUUUCAAAAGCCAGAUUAAGAGUUAAGCAGCUUCAUAGUCUCUCAACUCUCAAUUCGAUUUUGUGUCUCUCUCUCCAAAAAUCUCUUCUUAAAUUCAUAUUUGGUUCUUCAAUAAUUGAUACGAAACGAAACAUGGCGAUAGAGAAACAAGAUAUUAACGAGUCCCAGAUCGGACUCAACUUGUUCUCCAAGCGACGUCACAAUAAGACGGACUACGACAAACUCUGCUUCCUCAAUUCUCCAACAUUCAAUUCCUUGGGAUCACUAUCAUCUACUGAUGGAAUCAUCAUCAUCGAUGACGAUGAGGAGGUAACCCUAGAGCCGAAGAGGAAGAAGCCGAGAUUAGGGUCUUGGUGGGACAACGUCGAACCCUUCGACGAAUUAAGUUGCGUGGUCAAGGGGUCACCGGAGGCAAAGGAAGACAACGAUGUUGCAUCAAGAGCAGAUUCAUGUUUUUCUUCUACUGAUCCUCACGAGACGAAGAAGAACGACGAUGAGAGGUCUCUAUCGAAUAAGAAGGAGAACGACGAGAGUGUCGGUGAGAGUAGGACUAGGAAUAGGGGUUAUGAACACGUGACCCUUGAGGAUUUAGGGGUUUCGGUGGAAGAUCUCAAGAGUGUCCCAUGGGAAGCGUUACAUCCUACAUGGGAGAUUAGGUCGGAUCCAUGGCUUAAUGGCUAUAUUGAGGACCUUGGUCUCUCUUUAGUUUAAUUGCUUCUUUUAGUCUGUGUUUUUUACAGUUCUCGUGUUUAUGUUUUGUUUGUUUGGAAUUUGGAUGCUGCUUUUUCAUUCUGCCUAAAUCGAAAUUCUUGACAAAAAACAAUUUUUCUUCGGUCAAUUCUUUUAUAGUUUUAUUUAAAGCAAACAUAAACUACCAGAGUGAUAUUGUUAGCCAUAUAUAUCCAUCUCGUACAUGAGAGAAUUUUAAGUUGAAAACUGGCGAUCAAUUCUAAAUUACCAUUAGUUAUUUAAAACUCAUGAAACAAGGAUAUUCCAUAAGUACAUAACUAAAUAUAACUCUCUAUUCACGAAAAAAAAUAUAUACCUCAAUCAGUUGUAAUAUUUGUCUUCGUUCAUAAAUUUUUCAUCUAAAACUCCUUAAAUCUCAAUUGUAACACUGGAAUAAUCUCCAAUUCUCCAUGUCAUGAUUAUUAACGAAAAAACGAAAUUCACCGAACUACAGUAAAUCAAGAUUUUAUAAAAGCCCACUCUAA